UAUUCGCUGAUUGCUGCCAACAUCUGCGAACAAAUAUACAAUUCUAUAAAGUUGUUCUAUAUAGUGUGUAACUGUUAACACAGAGUAUUAUUACAUUUCUUGCUAAUGCAGUCAUAUGGCACAUUGACUACUGAGGAAAUUUUAGAUGGCACUCGUCAUCAGAAAGGUUGCCUACCCCUGCUUGUAAAAAAACAAACAAAAAAAACCCUACUGAUUCUGAGGUGGUCAGGUGGGAGGCACUUAUUUAUUGGAAUAAGUGCCUCCCCUUUAUUGGAAUGAACCAUUUGACACAUUAAAGAUAUCCCACAGUUUGAAGAUCCUAACAAUCCUCAAAUCGGCUCCUUCAGAGGAAGUUUCUGUAGGCUUAGAAUCUCUUUGUUUCUGUGAAUCUGAAAAUGUGACCAAGCAGCUUGAAACAGAGAAGAAGAAAUAUAAGAUUAAAAUCACAUCUGACUAUUGAUGACUUAUCAAAGUCAAGUGCAGCAACUUAAACGACUUUUUCUGCUUUUGUUUAAGGAUCAGCAUGGAGGAUCUAUUUGCUUCAGUUAAAAGUGAUCUGAAGAACAAUGAUCCUGCUGCAGCAGCUGCAAAGAUUAAAACAUAUUUAGAAAAUAAUGAUAUUCCAUUAAAUAUUGCUAUCACAGGAGAAUGUGAUGCAGGCAAAUCAUCCUUUCUAAAAGCCUUUAGAGGCAUAAAAGAUAAAGAUGGGGGAGCUGAUGUUGUAGAUACCACCUCAGUGUACCCUCAUCCAAAAUAUCCCAAUGUUACUUUCUCGGAUCUUCCUGGAAUCGGCAGCACCAAAUUUCCAGCGGAUGAGUACUUAAAGCUUGUUGGAUUUGAGAAGUUUGACUUCUUUAUCAUCAUCUCAGCUGAUCGCUUCAGAGAAAAUGAUGUGAAACUCGCAAAGGAGAUUCAAAAAAUGAAGAAAAAUUUCUACUUUGUUCGCACAAAGAUUGAUAACAACAUAAAAGCUGCACAAAGAAAGAAAGACUUCAGUGAAGAGAGGACUCUUACCCAAAUGAGGGAAGAUUGUGUUCAAGGUCUUAAAGAACAAGGCAUCGAGUCUCCACAGGUGUUCCUGGUGUCCAGCUUUCAUCCCCACCUGUAUGACUUCUCUCUCUUACAAGAAACCUUCGACAGAGAACUUCCUGAACUCAAGAAACAUGUUCUGCUAUUGCCUGUGCAGAAUAUCAGCCUGGAGAUCAACAACGGAAAAAAAGAAGCUUUUCUGACUAAGUUAAAGUUCUUCACUCUGCUGUCUGCAGCUGCAGGAGCUGUUCCAGUUGCUGCAGUUUCUGCUGCUGUUGAUCUGAGCUUGAUGGCUGCAUUUGUCAGAGGUUGUGUACAGGGGUUUUUUCUUGAUAAGCCAUCACUUAAAAAACUUGCUGUCACAUCAGGAGUGACCUACAUGGAUCUGUGUGCUGUCAUCAAGUCGCCAUUAGCUGGAGUAGAAACUGACAAAUAUCUCAUCAUGAAGGUGUUGAUCACUCUUACAGUUACAGCUGCGUUAUUGGCAGUAAAGGAUCGUUCGAGAUCCAUUCCAAAAUUUGGGAGCCCAGCAGCAAUGAGUCUCUCUUAUAUCACCCCCUACAAACUUCUGAUGUUUUCUCUUAAUAAGCUUGCUGAUGAUGCUCAGAGGGUGUUUGAAAGAGCUGUGGGUUUCAACACUGCAGAGUGAUUUUGUUAAAGAAUGUCAUCCUUUUAAAACUGAAGCAGACAUAAGAUUUUUUCUGAGUACAUAGCAAAUCCAGUCAUCCAAAUCAGGUGUGUUCAUAAAAAAUAAUUCUUGCUGUUUUCACAAAUGAUGUAUUUAUGGUUUUUUGUUUUCCAAUUAUUAAAUCUGAUUCUUGUCAUUCUUUUACUGAAUAGAGAGAACACGACUCAUUUAGUCAAGAUAUUCAUAAUUUUUUUUAUUUAUUCAUCUUCCAGAAGAGAGAGACCUGCACAGCCCAAAGCCAGUUGCAAAAUCUCUACCAUUAGAAGCCAAAAAUGUGUCUCAUAUAGGUGUUAUUUUGGUCCUUUACACGUCACACAGUUUCGAUAAAAACAACUCCUUCUGUGUUACUAGUUCCGCUUUUUCUGUCUGGUUUCCUGUAUUUGAUUAAUAUGCCUCUGCAGCUCUGCACUAAACUUCCUGUUUCUUAAACUUCCACUAACUUAAGCCUCUGUUGCUAAGGCGACCUGUCCCCUCUGACCUAGUUCUCUCUCACAGCUGGCCUUUAUACAGGCCUUUAUUAUUAAAAUACAUAAAACAAUAUAAUCAGAAAAUAAGCACUAAGAAUAUACAGGGAGUGCAGAAUUAUU